CACAUACACACUACCUCCCUCAGCCCACACACACAUAAACACACUAUCUCCACCAGCGCACUUAGCCCUAACAGACAGACACACAGGCAAUAUCUGAAAUACAACAGUUCAUUUCUACCCAAAUAGAGAAAUAGUUAGACUUCACAGAGAGACAUGUUGAGGUUUCAGUUCAUACACUCCUUGUUUACUUUCUGUUAACUACGGGCAAACAGAGAAGGGAGAAGAGUCCACAUUUGGAGUUUUGUUGUGGCUAUGUGGCUUUAAUGCGCAGUUUUUCUUGACAAGGUAACAAGGUUAUCCACUUGUUAUUGGCCAAGCUGAAAGUGGACCAUGUAAAAUCGCUGUUAAUGGGUCCUCUAAAGAUUCCCUGGCCCCCCUCACCAUCUCACAGUUAGCAUCUUUGGAAUUAAGGCAGAUUGUGUGCUGGGUGUGGUAAGCAGCCUUGAGAGGCUGGGAGUGGAUGGGAACCCUCUGGAUGGACUACACAUGGCUGUCAUGGAGACGAAUUGCAGUAGCAUUACUGCUGGCUUCCCUAGGCUGCCUUCAAGUUCAGGCAUCCUGCCGCAUUCUCAGGUGCAACUCUGAGUUUGUGGCCGCUACGGGGGGCGGGGGCAGCAGGGAGGGGGCCAGGAAUGCAGAUUACUGCAGCGCCCUGCGCUCUUUCGACCAAUGCACCCGGCGCAGUGCAAGGGCCUGCCGUGGAGACUUGGUCUACCACUCAGCUGUGCAAGGCAUCGAGGACCUCCUCAUACAGUAUCGCUGCCCCAAAGAGGGGCCCACCGCCCAGCCGAGGCCCCUGCCCCAAGCCCCCAUCUCUGGAGAUGCCUGUCUCUACGAGAAGGGCUUUUUACAGCGUGAAGGUCGGGCUCCAGAGUAUGUCCACUGUGGGGUGUUUGGGGACCCUCAUGUGAGAACGUUUCGAGAUGAGUUCCAGACCUGUUCUGUGCAAGGAAGCUGGCCGUUAAUAGACAAUGAAUACCUCUAUGUGCAGGCCACCAGUGCACCCAUGACAGAAGGGGGCCACGCGUCAACCCUGACAAAGAUAACCAUCAUCUUCAAGAACUGGCGCCAGUGUAUCGAGCAGCAGAUCUACCAGGCUGAGCUGGACAACGUUCCAGCGGCCUUCGUGGAUGGCUCGGUGACCAGUGGCGAGAGGCGUGGCCAGCAUAGCCUGAGUGUCCGCUCCCAGAGCCCCGGGCGCCAUGCUGAGAUAGCCGCCGCCCACAUCGCCACCAUCCUGGUGGUGCGUCAAAGCGGCCGCUCCCUGGGUCUUUCCGUACGCACGCCGCGCGCCAUCGCCGACGCCUUCACGCCCGAGCAGGACCUGCAACUCUGUGUGUGGGGAUGCCCGGCUUCACAGCGACUGGAGACUUUAGCCUCUUACCUGUCCUUGUCCUCCUCCUCCCUUUCCUCCACCAAACCCUCCAUAGUCGGCCCAGCACACUGUGCGGCCCUGCUUCCAGCCAAGGAUGUUUACUACCAGGCCUGCCUGUUUGACCUCCUGGCCACAGGGGACCUCAACUCCAGCAUGGCCUCUGUCGCCGCCCUGGAGGACGCCCGGGGAAUGAUUAUCGACCCUGAGAAGGUGCAUCUGUUGCCUGUCACUGCGGCAGGGGACAGACUCACAUCGUCUCUGUCUGUGGUCCUGGCUGUGACAUUACUGGCACAAUGGACCAGAACACUAUGGGGGGGGGGGGGGUCUGUGUAAAUGCUGGUGGUGAAGGGGUAGAAAAGCCAUACAGAGACAACAGAGACACUGCUCUAUCUGUCAGAUGGGAAUGCAUAUUUUGAUACAUGACUCAUGGUGUGGGUCUGUCAGAGUGUGGGGACAUCUAAGGAUCUCAGGCCUGUGUUCAUCCUUCAGGGAAUACAUACAGACACAUCAACACCUGUUGAUAAAGGGUGUUGAGUGUUGUGUUUAUAUUUUUUGCAAAAGUACAUUAUAGAAUUUUCAACCUCAUUUUCCUACAAUUCAGUGUUGUACUUUAUUUAAUGUAAACAGCAUAUUACAGUGGAAUCUGUGGUAACCUGGUAUUACUAAUGUCGAUGUAAGUUAUUGUGUGUGUUGUGUCGGUGUGAUGUCUCGGUUUUAAAGUUUUGUUGAAUGCAGUCUCUGUAUCUAUAUUUGUAAAAAAAAUAGAUAGGGGCAUGUUUGCUAUGACCUCAAUAUCAGCCAGUUGUGUUUACAUUUUACUUAUUUAACUGACGCUUUUAUCCGAAGUAACGUGCAAAUAGUGCAUGUAGAAAGUACAGGCAAAGAUCAAGAAUCUGCAAGGCAUAGUUCUACAGUAUUUCAGUGGUCAGAGUCAAGGAUAAGUCUGUAUUUACAAAGUAACCACAUCUCAGCUAACAGGCACGGUGAACAAGAAUAAUAAAUAAUGUGUAGGCCUACUGAAUAAUUCUGAAUGAUACAUUGUACUAAUACUACGAUAACACUACAGUGAAACAAUAACAUGUAUAAAUUGCUUAAGUAAAUAACAAUAAUAACAUCUUGGUUACAGUUGCUAACGUAUGGUGAACAAAAAUAAUAGUACUACAAUGCAACAAUAACAUUUCAAUUCCUCAACCCACUCUAGUCUUACAAAUGCAUCUCAGUUAUAGUAGGCUAGUAGGCUUACUUAGUAAAGUGCAGUGCCUAGUAGGUUGCAACCGAAACAAUAUUGUAUGUUACGUAAGUGGAACAUUGACCAGUGAUUGUAGUUUCAUGCUAGAUGGUGAUGAAGAAAGUGUUUAGUCCGUCUCUUCAUAAACGGAGUGACUAAGUUCAGUUGAGUUCUGGAUUUC